CCGGCGAGUGCGUCGCCUUCUUUCUUCCGCUCCUGGGAGGCUGACAGUCUUGCUGCCCAGGCAGUUCUCCUAGAAUGGCUGCCUUGUGCUUAAAGAAACUACUUGCUCAGGCUAGAAGGGAUCAAGUGAACUUUAUCAGUAGAUACCUUGCUACUUUUGGGAUGCGCCCACUGGAAAGAACACCCCUUUCUCAGACAUGGCUUGUGACAGAGCAUGCUACAAAAGGACUUCUUCCUUUCCCCACACAAUCAUUCUGUACACAUGAAGCUGCUGAGGAGAAACUGAAAGGAAAGAAAAUAAAUCCCAAUGCCAAAAAGACUAUUGAAAGUGUUGGAAAGAAAAUUCCGCAUAGGAUUGUUCAACUGAUCGAUGAGAAUGGCAAGAAUGAGGGAACGAUGCACAGAGCCGACGUGAUUCGUAUCAUGGACGAAAGGGGACUGAGGCUUGUUCUGCUUUCAGAGAAAGCAGAUCCUCCAGUUUAUAGACUGAUGUCAGGGCACCAGAUUCAUGAGGAACGCAUGAAACUGAAAGAAAAGCAGAAAGCUAACCCCUCAAAUGGGCCUGUCCAACAGAAGGAGAUAACACUUUCCACAAAUAUUGCCCAACAUGAUUUAGAUACAAAGAUAAAACAAAUACAGCAGUGGAUUGAUAAGAAGCACCAUGUGAGGGUAACAGUGCAGCAGAAGAGGGCUGCUGAUGAACCAAAAAAUAUGCUAGCAUUAUUUGAUCAGAUUUUGGGUGCGAUGCCUGAAAAAGCAACUUACCUCUCAGAGCCACGCAUUGCUAAAGAAGGAAGGAGCACAUGUGUAUUGAGACACAUGUCUGAGAAAGAGAUCUGCGAACUCAAGACGAGGGGAAAGAUCAAAGAAGGUCCCGGGGACACUGAAAAGUCAACCACUACCUCAGAUACGCUCAACCAGUGAUUUUGAAAUGUGACAAAAGACUGAGUUUGCUUCAAUGGCUUUUUGUUUAUCUGUACAGACCCCUUAAACUUGAUGACAAUGAUCACUCUAUAAAGUCUCUUCCU